AUGGCCGGCGGCAAGGGAAAGUCUGGCGGAAAGACGUCCGGAGGCAAGGCUACGGCCGAGGUCCCCAAGAAGCAACAGAGCCACUCUGCUCGCGCUGGUCUCCAGUUCCCCUGCGGUCGUGUCAAGCGUUUCCUCAAGGCCAAUACCCAGAACAAGAUGCGCGUCGGUGCUAAGGCUGCUAUCUAUGUUACUGCCGUGCUUGAGUACUUGACUGCUGAAGUUCUUGAGCUUGCAGGCAACGCCGCCAAGGACCUCAAGGUCAAGCGCAUCACCCCCCGCCACCUCCAGCUUGCCAUCCGCGGUGACGAGGAGCUCGACACCCUGAUCCGUGCCACCAUCGCUUUCGGUGGUGUCCUGCCACACAUCAACCGCGCGCUCCUCCUCAAGGUCGAGCAAAAGAAGAAGGCCAAGGCGAUCGAGGCAUAA